UGAUGAACCUGGCCUGCGCCAACACCACCCCCAGCGUGGUGUACGGUCUCACCGCCAUCCUGCUGGUCAUGGGGCUGGACGUCCUCCUCAUCUGCAUCUCCUACGUCCUGAUCCUCAGGGCCGUCUUGCAGCUGGCGUCGUGGAAGGAGAGGCUCAAGGCAUUCAGCACCUGUGUUGCCCAUAUCUGCGUGGUCCUGGCCUUCUAUGUGCCGCUGAUCGGGCUGUCCGUGGUGCACAGGUUUGGGAGAGGCCUGGCUCCGCUGGUCCGUGUUGCCAUGGGAAACGUCUACAUCCUGGUGCCCGCUGUGCUCAACCCCAUCAUCUACGGCGUGAGGACCAAACAGAUACAGAAGAGGACACUGGGUUUAAUUAAGAUUUCCAGUGACAGAGCUGCUUAUUGA